AUGAAGUGUCGCUUACCACCUCCACUCAUUCGUGUGUCGUGCUUCGCGCCGAGAGUAACUGGCCGCGCCUGUUUUCCAAAUAUCAUCUGUGCUCGCCCCUGGUGGACACAACUUACAAAUAAUAAGACUGACUUACCUGUGAGACUGGUGAAAAAGAAUUUCGUAGAUAUAUUAUUUUACUUUAACAUAGUUACUUGUCAAGUUAUUUUAAAAGUUUGC